UUGCGAGACGAACAGGAAGCGGAAACUAGCGAAGCGCUAGCUAGCUUAGCAACAGAUAGCUCGUAUCAGGGAAUACAGAUCUGGUUAGCUGCAACUAUGGAGUCCGGAGAUACAGGGAGAGGAGGCUGGAACAACAAGUUCCGGCCAGCCCAGAAGAACAGGAUGAGUGUGAACAUUCUCCGUCAGGAGGAGCUGAUCGCCCAGAAGAAGCGCGAGAUCGAGGCUAAGAUGGCAGAGCAAGCCAAGAAAAAGAGCCUUCAGGCUCCCAACAAGCCACUACCACCAAGUUCACAGGGACACUCUUCGAACAACAACAAGUAUGUGAACGACGGAAGCUUCUUGCAGCAGUUUAUGAAGCUUCAGAAGGACAAACCCAGCUCCGACUCUGGCUCCAGUAGUGACACCAAAGCCCCGUCAUCAUCCACCCCCAGGCCGUCGUCAGGAGUGUCUCAGCCCCAGAUGAAGAGCAUUCUCAUCGGCAAGCGACCCGGUCUAGGGAUCAGCAGCAUGCUAAGCCAGUUUAAGAACUACUCCCAGUCCAAGAAGACCCCGCUUCUCCCCCAAAGACCUAGCAUAUUCAGCUCCCCAGAUGAAGAUGAUGAUGAUGAUGAUGAGGAAGUUGAUGACUCAAGCUUCCUAGAAAUCAAAGUCUUUCCCCCAGAAGACCCAGACACACGACUUAUCCUGGACAAGAUGGCGGCCUUUGUGGCUGAGGGAGGGCCUGAGCUAGAGAGGAAGGCCAAGGAGGACUACAAGGACAACCCUGUUUUCUCAUUUUUGUAUGAUAAUAACAGCCAGGAUUAUCUUUAUUACCGAAAGAGAGUUGCUGAACUCCGAAAGGAUCACUCAAAACAUGAGACGCCAUCACGUUCUCAUGUCUCCCCCCCAGUGGACGAGGAGACCCAGAGGGUGGCUGAGAAGCUGGCCAUGUUUGUGGCCGAUGGUGGCCCCGAGGUGGAAGCCAUCGCCGCCCAGCACAACCAGGAAAACCCCACCUUCAGUUUUCUAUAUGACCUCCAAAGCCCCGCCCACCGUUUCUACAAGGAGAAGGUGGAGGAGUACCGCCAGGCCAAAAAUGCCCAGAGCCCCCCUCCAACGAUUAAGCAGGAGCCUGAGGUGGAGCUCAAGAGACCGGCCGCCCCUCCCCUGACCUAUCCUCCCCCGCCUCCGCCCCCUCACUACCCCUACCUGGUGGGUCAAGUAAAGCUGGAGCCGGGUCUGGGGAUAAAACAGGAAGUGUCAGGUACGCCCGUGGUGAAGAGGAAGAGGAAGAGCCGCUGGGGGUCGGAGGACGACAAGGUGGAUCUGUCACUGCAACCCAUCAUCAUCCCCAAGGAGGAGGAGCAAGAGCCCAGCCCGUGUCUCUCUGUUAAUGAACUGAGGGAUCUGGGCUAUAAGAAGGGAAAGCCUAUGGGCCUGGUGGGAGUGACUGAGCUCUCAGACGACCAGAAGAAACAGCUCAAAGAGCAACAGGAGAUGCAGGAGAUGUUUGACAUGAUCAUGAAGCAUAAGCGUGCCAUGGCAGAGAUGCAGGUGAUGUGGGAGAAGGCGGUGCGGGACCACUCCCACGAGUACGAUAGUGACGAGGAGGUGGACCAGCAGGCUGGCACCUGGGAGCACCGCCUCCGGCACAUGGAGAUGGAGAAAACACGUGAGUGGGCAGAGUCGCUGACUGACAUGGGAAAGGGGAAGCACUUCAUUGGUGACUUCCUACCUCCGGAGGAGCUGGAGAAGUUUAUGGAGACCUUCAAGGCACUCAAGGAGGGCCGUAACCCAGACUACUCGGAGUAUAAGGAGUUUAAGCUGACGGUGGAGAACCUUGGUUUCCAGAUGCUCAUGAAGAUGGGCUGGAAGGAGGGCGAUGGGCUUGGCUCUGGCGGACAGGGCAUCAAGACUCCGGUCCACAGGGGAACCACGGCUGUUGACGGGGCAGGGUUUGGCGUGGACCGGCCCUCUGAGCUCUCAGGACAGGACGAUGAGUAUGAUGCUUUCAGAAAGAGGAUGAUGCUGGCCUACCGCUUCAGGCCUAACCCACUGAACAACCCGAGGAGGCCAUACUACUGAAGAAGAGGUCUGAACUUGGCUGACUUCGUCAACUUUUCAUUUUUUAAACAACCAACAGUGGCAUAUUGAUUUCUCUUUGUUGUGGAAACAAACUGUAGGACACUCAGUUCAAGUAAUCUCCUCUAGAUUGUGUGGAAUUGUGUGGUUGGUGAUAAACUGUUUAGGCUGGA